AUGCAUGGUCCUAUUUGGCAUUACCUAUUUGAGGUUGGGCAUUUCCGUUACCUGAUGGAUGAGCUUAUUUCAGAGUACAGUAGUUUUGAGACAUUGUAUAUCUCAGUCUGUGAGGCAAGUGAUCCUUCACAGCUUUGGGCAUGGGAGUGUGAGGCAAAACCAACUUCCAGUAACCCUCAGAAGUUACCACAAACUACAAAUGAAGCUAUGUUCUUGCCUCGUCAAGUUGCUGACUCCAUACCAUUUUCCUCUAAGAAGCUACCCAAAAUUUUGAAUCGGCUUUCAGUGAAGGAAAAAUCUGCAGAAACUGAGCUGAUGAAGAAGGAGAUAGAAGAGUGUGAGGAGGCUGCCAUGGAUGGAGAAUCUAGGUUCUGUGCAACAUCAUUAGAGUCCUUAAUCGAUUUCAGCACUUCAAAGCUCGGAAGAAAUGUGAAUGAGGUCAAAACGGGAAGCCAAGAGUAUGGAUUUGGAGUGGGAAUGAAGAAUGUUGCAGACAAAUCAGUGGUGUGCCAUAAGAUGAACUACCCAUAUGCUGUUUUCUACUGCCAUACAUUCACUAAGACACGGACUUAUAUGAUUCCAUUGGUGGGUGCUGAUGGACUUGGAAGGCCACAUGCUGUGGGUGCCAAGCUGAUGUAUCACUGUGACAAGCUGCCAUGA